AUGGCGGGUUCAAGCGAUUCCACAUCUGAAGGAACGUCCUCUAAAACGCUGGGCAACUCAGUGACGGAACUGCCAUCGCAUAAGGCCUCAGAGGAUUACGGGAGAUUAUCUUUCGGGGAUAUCAAUCUCCCACCAAUGGACCUUACUAUACCUUCCUUUGGCAAGAGUACAUGUUCUGACUUCAGCGGCAGAGAUAGCGGUGACGGUGGAGAUGACACAGAAGCUAAUACCGUCGUGGUCACCAGCGGAAGACAGAUCGGUAUUAUCAGUGCGACGUUCCUUAUAUUUAACCGGAUCAUUGGAACGGGGAUAUUUGCUACGCCUAGUGCCAUACUGGCACAAACAGGUAGUGUUGGCAUGUCUUUAGUGGUUUGGAUCAUCGGGAUGUUGAUUGCGAUGGCCGGCACGGCAGUGUACCUUGAAUUCGGCACCGCGAUUCCAAGAAAUGGCGGAGAGAAAAAUUACCUAGAGUACGUCUAUCGGAGGCCCAAGUUCCUGGCAACGGCGAUCUAUGCUUCGUAUGCACUGUUCCUCGGAUGGGCUGCUGGAAACAGCGUGGUGUUUGGGGAAUAUGUUCUGCACGCUGCAGGCGUGGCAGUCAAUCGAUGGAAUCAACGGGGUAUUGGCUUUGGGUGCAUUACGGUAGCAUUCCUUGUCCAUACCGUGGAGAUGAAAUGGGGACUUCGGCUGCAAAACGCACUUGGACUGCUGAAACUGGUAGUGAUUAUGGUCAUCAUAGUCGGCGGAGCGGUAGCACUGGCGGGGGGUACGCUAGGGAAACCCUCCAAUAACUUCUCAAACACCUGGGGAGACAGUCGCCCGAGCAUAUACGGGAUGGUCACUGCAUUGUACAGCGUCAUCUGGUCGUAUGUUGGUUACUCAAAUGCAAAUUAUUCACUCAGCGAGACUCGAAAUCCCAUUCGAACGUUAAAGAUCGCGGCCCCAAUAGGAGUUACUUUGGUUGGCAUCCUCUACCUGCUGGUGAAUAUUGCAUACUUCGCCGUGGUGCCAAAGGAGGAUAUCCUGGGCUCUGGGCGUAUUCUGGCAGCCUCCUUUUUCCGCAACAUCUUUGGGCCCAAGGCAGAGAGGAUCCUGUCUAUAUUUAUUGCGCUCUCAGCCUUUGGAAACGUGAUGGCAGUAUUAUUCUCCCAAGGCAGAAUUAUUCAGGCACUCGGCGAGGAAGGGGUGCUCCCGUUGUCAAAGUUCUGGGCAAGUAAGCGUCCGUUCAACUCUCCGGCUGCUGGCCUGCUGGAGCAUUAUAUCAUCUCGGCUAUAGUAAUGCUUGCACCGCCACCUGGAGAUGCAUAUAUCUUUCUUCUCAACAUGAUUUCGUAUCCGUUGUCCGUCGUAAAUGUCCUGGUCUCUGCAGGACUAAUGCAUAUCUACCUUCAGCCGUCGAAGUAUCCAGGGUGGGCACCGGGUAUUCGAGCAACACUGCCAGUGACUGGUUUCUUUCUGGUAUCCAACGUCUACCUUACCGUUGCACCUUUCCUCCCACCUCCGAGCCCUAAGGACAACAUAUACGCUUACCUUCCGUACUACUCGCAUUGCGUGGCUGGCCUGAGUGUCUUUGUGAUUGGUGCGGUAUACUGGGUGGUAUGGGCAAAGCUGCUACCCUACAUGAAGGUAUAUGAGAUUGCAGAGCACUCCCUGGAGGAGAAGAAUGGGGCAGCCAGGACGGUAGCAGUGAGGAUACCUUCGGCCAGACCCCGUGCCCCGGACGAGAGGAGAAAAUAA